GUGUGCAUUCGUGUGCGUGUAUACAUUUACACAAGUAAAAUAUUUGUGUGUGUGUGUAUAGUAUUGAAUGCGCGUGCGAGUGUGAGCGAGAAAAGAGAACACAGUCACAGACACUCUCGUACUCGCACACACACAUAUACAUAUACUCUACUGCCGCCGUCAAGAGAACUGUGAAGAGAAAAAAUGUCCGUGCGACGUCGUCGUUCAUGACCAGCAGCAGCUGCCUGUUCCUUUCUUUUGUCUCGACCCGACCGUGUGUGUGUGAGUGUGUGUGCACGCCCGCCGCCGCCGUCGUAGUCUUAAACAACGAUUAAUAAAAAUUAUAGUACAUAAAUAUAUACAUGUUAGUAAAAUUAUUAGAAUUAUUGAUACAUCGUCUUUAAAAGUCUCGUGUUGCGUUCGUUCUAUAUCGUCGUCUGUUCUAUCUUUAGUGUUAAUUUAAAAAUAUCAUUGUCAAUUAGUAGUCGCUGUGAAUAAAUUGUGUAAUUAUUGAAAAUUGUACGAAAAACGUCAAAAAAAAUGCCGAGCGCGUCGUUCAGCUCGACCCGUUCGUAUACUCGUCGAACCAGGAGAAAAGGUACUAAUCGUCUUCCAAUACCAUCCAGGACAUCAAAUUCAGGUGGUGUUGUUGAUGCAGGAGUUACUUGUGAACCACUCGUAGCUGCAAGUGGUAGUUAUGCUACACCAGGGGGGGCUAGUACGAGUUCUAGUUUUCAGCAUGUACCACCCUAUGAUUUAAGGGGUCGAAAAUCUCCUCUUCAUUUACAUGAUGCUAGUACUGCUGGAUGUAGCGCAACAGCUCCUGUUCAUCCAACUGCUACUCGGCCUACAUCACCAACAGCUUCAGCUACUGCAUCAGUAUUGCAAUCUGCUGCUACACCUCCUUUAUCACAACCAGCACGUAAACGACUCAGAAGAAAUACUUCCUGUACAAUAACUAGUGCUGAUAAUUCAAAUUCAGCUGCUCAUUACUUACAAUGUGAAUUGCCUGAUGAAGUCAUGUUGACAAUUUUCAGUUAUUUAUAUGAACAAGAUCUUUGUAGAAUAGCUCAAGUUUGCAAAAGAUUUCAAGCUAUAGCAAAUGAUAAUAAUUUAUGGAAACGAUUAUAUCAAAGUGUAUUUGAGUAUGAUACUCCAUUGUUCAAUACUGAAAGUUGUCGUUUUGACUUUAUUCCUUUUGAAGAAAGUGAGCAUCACAAUCCUUGGAAAGAAAGUUUUAGACACCUAAAAAAACGGUGCUUGCAUGUAAGACCUCAUUAUAAUGGUACAGCUAAAGAUCCAGUGAGACGAAUGCCACAUUUUGACACUAUUCAAGCUGCUCUAGAUUAUGCAGAUGAACAUUUAAAUGGAGGUGCAAAACUUUUCUUACACCCUGGUACUUACCGAGGUGAAUUUCUAGUAAUUGAUUCAGAUGUAGCACUUAUUGGAGCUGCUCCUGGUGUUGUAGCAGAUGCAGUCAUCCUAGAACGUGAAACAGAAUCAACAGUAAUGUUUGUCGAAGGGGCUAAAAGUGCUUAUCUGGGACAUGUCACACUAAAAUUUACUCCAAAUGUUACAUCUACUGUUCCACAUCAUAAACAUUUUUGUUUAGAAGUUGGUGAAAAUUGUUCGCCUACUAUUGAUCAUUGUAUUAUACGUAGCUCAUCAGUUGUUGGAGCUGCUGUGUGUGUUAGUGGAGCUGGGGCAAAUCCUAGAAUUCAUCAUUGUGAUGUAAGCGACUGUGAAAAUGUUGGUAUAUAUGUAACAGACCACGCUCAAGGAACAUUUGAAGAUAAUGAAAUUUGUCGAAAUGCUUUGGCUGGAGUUUGGGUUAAAAACCAUGCCAACCCUGUCAUGCGUCGUAAUCACAUACAUCACGGAAGAGAUGUGGGGAUUUUCACUUUUGACAAUGGAUUGGGAUUUUUUGAAGCCAAUGAUAUUCAUAACAAUCGUAUUGCUGGUUUUGAAGUUAAAGCUGGAGCUAACCCAUCUGUUGUUCAAUGUGAAAUUCAUCAUGGUCAAACAGGAGGUAUUUAUGUACAUGAAAAUGGACUUGGUCAAUUUAUUGAUAACCGCAUUCAUAGCAAUAAUUUUGCUGGAGUUUGGAUUACUUCAAAUAGUAAUCCUACUAUACGUCGCAAUGAUAUUUACAAUGGCCAUCAAGGAGGUGUUUAUAUUUUUGGUGAAGGUCGAGGACUUAUCGAACAUAAUAAUAUUUAUGGAAACGCAUUAGCUGGUAUUCAAAUACGUACAAAUAGUGAUCCAAUUGUCAGACAUAAUAAAAUUCAUCAUGGUCAACAUGGUGGAAUUUAUGUACAUGAGAAAGGGGCAGGGCUAGUUGAAGAGAAUGAAGUAUAUGCAAAUACAUUAGCUGGUGUGUGGAUUACUACUGGUAGUACACCAGUACUAAGACGCAAUCGAAUUCAUUCAGGGAAACAAGUUGGCGUGUAUUUCUAUGAUAAUGGUCAUGGAAAACUAGAAGACAAUGACAUUUUUAACCAUCUAUACUCAGGAGUUCAAAUAAGGACGGGAAGUAAUCCAAUUAUUAAAGGAAAUAAAAUAUGGGGAGGCCAGAAUGGUGGUGUUUUAGUUUAUAAUGGAGGUCUUGGAGUAUUAGAACAAAAUGAAAUAUUUGACAAUGCAAUGGCUGGUGUUUGGAUUAAAACUGACUCCAAUCCAACAUUGAAACGAAAUAAAAUAUAUGAUGGUCGAGAUGGUGGAAUUUGCAUUUUUAAUGGCGGAAAAGGUAUGUUUUAUUCAAAAUACUAAUUUUCUAUUAGAGAUUAUUGU